AUGGCGGGAAUCAAAUCACUAGCGGUCAGAGGGAUUCGAAGUUUUGGACCUGAAGAAUGUGAUGAACAGCGUAUUACAUUUGAGAAGCCGUUAACAUUAAUUUUGGGUCAAAAUGGUUGUGGUAAAACAACUAUUAUUGAAUGCUUGCGAUAUGCUAUCACAGGGCAAAUGCCUCCCGGUAGUCGCUAUGAGUGUUUCGUUCAUGAUACAAAGGUGAAUAGAUCAGUAGAAGUCAUGGCUCAAGUAAAAUUAAAGAUUGUAAAUGCAAAGGAUAAAUUAUUAGAGGUAUCAAGGUCUAUGAAGGUUACAGCGCUAAAAAACAAAAAGCCUAAAUUUCAGACCUUAGAUUCAUUUCUUUCUGUGGACGAUGGAAGUGGAAAAACCAAGGACAUUUCAUCUAGAUGUGCAGAUUUAGACUUUGUUAUGCAUGAGGAACUAGGUGUAUCAAAGGCUAUAUUAAAUUCCGUAAUAUUCUGCCAUCAAGAAGACUCUAGUUGGCCAUUGGAUGAAGGAAAGAAGGUGAAAGAAAGAUUUGAUGAAAUCUUCGAUGCCGAUAAAUACAGUGAUUGUUUCGAUCGCCUCAGAAAGAUUCGGAAGGAGUAUGAGCAUGAAAUUAAAUCUCUUGCUCAGCAAGUUUCAUAUUGGACUGAGAAAAAAGAAGAUCUCGAUAAGAAAAAAUUAGAUCUGGUUAACACUAAAACUAGAAUAUCUGAAGCUGAAGAAAAAAUUUUGGAACUCAGCACUGAAUUAAAACCAAUAUCAGAGAAACUCAAUGCUAUAGAAACCUUGCAAAAAAACCUAGUCUCAUUUGAAUCUACCAGAGAAAAAAUCAAAAAUAGAUUAGAGCACCAUCAAGAGUCUGUUAAUGAAUUGAUGAAAUCCAUUGAUAAGUUAUAUGAAGGUUCAACUGAAGAACUUCAUGAAAGAUAUACAAACUAUGGUGCAACCAUAGAGGCAAAACACACAGAACUUGAUAAAUCAUACAAACAAAACUUUUCAUUCAAUAAAGAGGAGGAGCGAAUUGCAAAUGAAAAGACUAACAAUGAAGUUAAAUUCAAUAAAUUAAUUCUUUUGGAGAGUCAAAAUCAAGAAAAGAUUGAUAAAAGGAACAACAUGAUAUUGGAUACGGCCAAACUUGCUGAUGUGGAUGUUCAAAAAAUAGAAACAGAUGGUGAAGCUGAUCAGAGUAAAGCUGCUGUAAUGGAAAAAAUAAAAGAUUUAAUGAAAAAAUUAGAAGAACACAAGUUAGAUGCUGACAAGGCAGAGAAAGAAUGUCAAAAACAUGUUGAUGACAGUAGAGAUGCACUUUCCCGCCACAAACAAAAAAUAUCCAACAAAGAAACAGAAAUACAGACAGUGAAGAAAGAAAUAAAGAAGAUGGGACUGCAAAUAACAGACGCUAAUAAAUCUAAACAAAGAUUAGAAAUAUUGGAAGGAAAAUUAAAAACCGCUGAGGAAGAGUAUGAACAAACCGUUAAAGAGGUGAACACAGAGGAAUCUCAGAAUGAAAUCAAUUCCGAUGAAAAGAUCAUGGAAAAUUAUGAACAUGAACUGGAACAACUAAACGAAAAGGUUACAAAAUUGCAAAACCAAAGUACAAUAUUGAAAGAAAAGGAUAUGAUUGAGGAAUCUUUGAAACAGAAAGAGAAGCAACUUAAUGUACUGAAAAACAAACAUAGAUCUGCCAUAACUGAGUUGUUGGGAAAAAUGAUUGAAAGCAAUUUUGCAAUUUCAAUCAAUCAGUUUGAAUGUGAAACGAGGACCGAGUUGGAAACCAUUAAGAAGAAUAUAUCGGAGAAACAAAAUGAGAUUACUCGUGUGGAAACGGAUCGCGAUCACAUUAACAGGCAGCUGCGCGAACGACGUGAGGAACUUUCCGCCGCUGAAGACCGGAUGUAUCGCGAGUGUGGAGCGCAGACAUACGACAACACACUCGCUAAGAUCACAGCCACCGUAGACAAGCUACAGGAUGAACAAAACGUACUGCAGUCUUCAAUGUUUAUUAUAACAAAAUACAAAGGUCAAAUAAAGGAUAAUAAUUGUUGUCCCCUAUGCAGCCGUGGCUUUGAUAAUGAAGAUGAGGUGAAUGACCUCAUAUCUCAACUAACAACUCAAGUGAUGAAUGUGCCGGCUAAGUUAGAGAAGGUCACAGAGGAGUUACAGAGAACUUCCGCUAAGAAAGAUAACUUGCUAAGUAUGAGGUCUUUGAAUGAGAGGAUUGUCGUUUUGAAGGAAAAAGAUAUUCCUGACUUGGAGAAACGGCUAGCUGAGGCCGAUAAGGUAAUAGCAAAUUUAACAGAAUCAGUGGAUGACUUGACAAUGCUUUCAAAGGAGCCAGAACAGAAAAUGUCGACUUUGCGUCAGAUACAGGGAGAUAUGCCACUGUUGGAUAAAUUUACAAACGAAAUUAGAAGUAGUAAGAAAGACCUUGAAUCUGUAAAAGCAAAAUGUGCCGAUUUUGAGUUCGAUAUGACUUUGGACGCCGCUACCGGGAAACAAACUGAUUUUAGACAGAAAAUAGGGGUUCUGAAGACCAAGAUCAAAAGUAACCAAACGAAAUUAAACGAACACACCAAGAAGAUACAAAAGCAAGCAGAAGAAAAGAAUAAACUUAAAGAAGAACUCCUUAAUAUACAGAAAAUGGUUCAAGAAUUGUACAAUUUACAAGAGACCCUAAAGCAAAUGGAAUCUAAUAAAGAAAAAUAUUUGAUGGAAUUAAAAGAACUGCAAGAUUCAACAGAAAAACUGGAAAACGAAUUAAAAGAGAAAGAAAAGGCUAAAAAUAAUGUCGUCACCAAAAAUAGGCAUGAAAUCCAAGAAAAGAGUACAUACUUAACAAAAGUAAGCAACGCCUUCGAAAAGAUAAAAGCAAUAGACUCUGAGAUCAAGCAACACAAAGAUAGGAACAUUCAAAAAGAAAUGGAUCACAUAAAGGAAGCCAACGACAAACUUAACUGUCGCCACAAACAGAUUAUUAACGACAGAGACACGCUCACUAAGAAAAUAGACAGUUUGAAAGAUGAAAUUGCGAAACAGGAGAUAUACAAACGUACAUUGGAAGACAAUAUAAAGCUACGAAAAGCGGAAACGGAAAUAGAAUCCUGUAAUAAAGAGCUUGUUGAAAUAAACGAUAAAUUAAAAGGUGUGAACACGGACAUGAUCUCAGAAAAAGAACCGCUGAUUAUGAAACAAACUAAGAUAUUCAGAGAAAAAGCACAAACAGAGGGGCAAUUGGACGAAUUGAAGAAAGUUUACAAACAAAAUCAAUUGGAACUUAAAAAAGCACAAAAUCAAGAGGUUGAAAAGAAAUACAAAGAAAAACUCUAUGAAUUACAUGUAACGAAAGCUAUUGAUACAGAUAUUCGAGAUUAUUCUAUAGCAUUAGAUAAAUGUCUUAUGGAGUUCCAUAAGGAAAAAAUGGAAAAUAUCAAUCUCAUUAUAAGAGAACUUUGGAGAAAAAUAUACAGAGGCAAUGAUAUAGACUAUAUAGAAAUAAAGACGGAAGGAAGUAUGUCAGCAGAUUCUGAUCGCCGGAAAUAUGAUUACAGGGUCGUUCAAUGUAAGAACGGAGUGGAGAUUGAUAUGCGUGGAAGAUGCAGUGCUGGUCAGAAAGUAUUGGCUUGUCUUAUAAUAAGACUGGCGCUGGCAGAAACAUUUAGUUCAAGGUUUGGUAUACUAGCUUUAGAUGAACCUACCACGAAUUUAGACCAGGAAAAUGUAGUGAGUCUGUGUUCUGCCCUCGGUGACAUAGUACAAGAAAGGAUGACUCAAAGAAAUUUCAUGUUCAUUAUCAUAACUCAUGACAGAGAAUUUAUUGAUACCUUGGGUAAUAUUGAUAAGGUUACUCACUACUAUGAAGUGUCCCGAAACGAAGAAGGUAAAUCAAGAGUUAAGAAGAUUAGAUUCACAUAG